ACGACAAGAAACAUAUCUCAGAGACUCAAAACGGUUUGUGCCCCUCUCUCUUCGCCACACACGUACGCACACACGCGAAGCACGCACAAAUAAAUACCACAGGGACAGACAGAGAGAGAGAAAGGCAGAGUCUUUGAAGACAAAACUGUUUUCUUUUUUGAGGGUCUGGAUUGGUUUUUGCAGGUGAAAAAUGGAAGCUAAAGAGGAAGUUAUUUCUGUUGAGCUCCCUGCUCCUCCUGCUUGGAAGAAAAUGAUGGGCAGAGCUUUUGACAAGAUUAAAGUGAAGCAUCAUUUUUGUGAUUAUGAAGUAUAACAAAUUUUGAAACAAGCUGAUAAAUUAAACUUCUAAAAUUCAAACAAAUAGAGGAUAAUAGGCCAUUGAUAUUGUUUAUAGGAUAGACCUUUUAGAAGGAGAUAUUUCUCCCAGUUUUUGAGGAUACAGACUACUUCUGUGUAGUUUCUAUUUCAAAUCAUAGUACUGAAAGUAUUUGCCAAAGAGAGCAGGUACACCAAGGAAGAGUGAAAUCAUGUUUAUUGCUCCAACUGGCGAAGAGAUUAAUAACAGGAAACAGAUGGAGCAGUACCUAAAAUCACACCCUGGUAAUCCUGCGAUAUCAGAGUUUGAUUGGGGAACUGGUGAGACACCCAGGAGAUCAGCGAGAAUCAGUGAGAAGUCCAAGGCAACUCCAACUCCGGAUAAGGAGCCCCCAAAGAAGCGAGGCCGAAAAUCGUCAGGUUCAAAGAAGGAUAGCAAGGAAACGGAAACUACUCCUGAAAAAGGCGAAGGUGAGAAAGAAGUCCAAAUGCAAGAUGCAGAGGAAGCUGGGAAGGAAAAUGAAGAGGCAGGCAAAGAGAAUGACGUUACCAAGGAAAAUCAGGUCCAGGAAGGAGAUAAAAAAGAAUCUGUUCAGACAAAGAAUGCUGAGAAUGCAGGAGCUGAGAAUGCCCAGCUCGCAAUGGAAGUUCAAGAGCAGGAAAAUGCAGAUGCAUCACUGAAGAACAAACCUGCCAAAGAAGCUGGUUCUGGUGAAGGCUCCGCAGGAAAGAUGCCACAAACUGAGAUUGAGAAAGAGACUUUCUCAGGUGAGAAGGAUAUCCCAGAUGCUGUAACUGUGGAAGCAAAUGAAGGAGCAGAGAAAGGGAAUGCUAAUGGUCCUAAUGGAACUGUUCCUGCAUCUGAGGGAGAGGUUAAAGAGAAACUAGGUAUUCAGGAGAAUGAUGCUAAGUGUAACAUCUCUGUAGAUGGAAAAGCCAAUACAACAGAUGGCGAAAUCACAGAAAAUGGUAAGGAUAGCCAAACAGGGCAAACUGAUGCUCCUCAAAAUCCAGCUCCUCCUGUGAGCUGCUGAAUGUACUGCACUACCGCCCAUAAUCUGUAGUUCUCUUGUCAUAGCGCUGCCUAUUUUAGUUCUGGUGACUUUUUGGAUUCUGUGGAUGACUGUAACAUUAGCAUUGUAACUGCUAGAUGUCAUUAUAUGUCGAUACUAGAUUUUAAUGUAUUUAGGUAAAUUAUGUUUCACAUCAGAUUAGGUCGUAGUUGCUGCAGCUUUUAUUACAUUGUGCAGGAUCUCAAGAUUGUAGACUUUUGAACUGUCCUCAACUGUUAUGGGUAGCUUCUAAACUAAAUAUUAUUUGCUUUGCUGCUGCUU